AUGAACGGCUACGACCCAUACACCGCCAACAACGGCACCAUGCAGCCCUCUCAACACCAGGGCGAGGGCGCACGUCCACCGCCUAAGCGUCGCAACCGCAAAGCCGUCUCAUGUGUAUCUUGCAGAGAGAAGAAGAUCAAGUGUGAUCGCGUUGUACCCUGCAAUCAAUGCAUCAAGCGCGGCGAGCAGGACCAGUGUCGCAUUGAACAAAAGCCAAAGAUUGUCCAUGAUCACUCGCACCAACACGCUCCUACCCAUCCGCCUAGCUACAUCGACCCUCUCUCGCCUGGCUCAGCGGCCUACAGUCAAUUCAGUGCUGCCAUCUCCACUGCCAGGAGCCAGGUCAACGCGGCCCAAUCCAGCAGCAGCCCACCUCCUGCCGAAGUAGAAGCCAUCAAAGCACGUCUCGCACAGGUCGAGGCUUUGCUCGCAGGCCAGAUCCCUCUCUCCAGCGCCAAUGCACUAGCACCCUCCUCGCCUAUGGGCUCUUCCAACUGGAAUGCUUAUAGAUCCUCUUCCAGCGGCUCAGGGGCACGAGCAGUGGAGUCCAACGUCUCGCGGGGUAGCUCUCAAAGCCCCAGCAGUUUCACAUCCGCGCAUCGGUCUGCCUCGGGCUCCACGCACCAUUCUUCCGUAUCGCCGCACGACGGGCCAUACGAUACGGACGAGAGCGAAUCAGAGGAGGACACCGCGCCGUCCAGUCCACGUGCCCCUAUCAGCCGUCUCCGGACCGACGACAUGCCCGUUUCUAGGAAAGAGAUGGACAGCGACACCGAAGAUGCUGCAACGGUCCUGGAACGUCUCGCGAUGGAUGGCUCAUCCAAUUCCAGGUGGGCCAAAGCUACCAACGGCUGUCCCACCCAGAACGCAGCUUCGCGUGGCGCCGCAGAAGGCAAGAGCGAACAUUGCGAGCGGAUGCAACAGGAGGUGGACUCGCGCGAGGCCACAGGUGAGAAGUUCGAACUGUGCUUGCAAAGAGACAAGGAGUUCGAUCUCAUGUCCAUCGAUAAGCACGCUGUCGGUGGCGUUGUAUCCGUACCAAGCGAAGGUCAACAGGGUCCCACAGAGAUGCUUCUGCCCCCGGUCUCGCGUGCGCCUGACCUCGAUGCUGGGGCCAACGGUCAGCCUCCUUGCGCUUGCCGAGAUCCAGACGCCGACGGCACGACAAGCAACGGGCACGAUCACACGCAGGACUACACCUGCUUGAAACAGAACGAGCCGGUCUCCAAGGAGCCUUCACCCAUCACUGUACCGUGCAAGCUCGCUUGCGAGAACAAGGGUCUGCUGCGUCUCAAGAGCGGCCCAGAGACGCUCUUUGGAUGGGGCAUGGGCUGGGCUUGGUCCGCUGCCGAGGUCUUGCUUCAGCAGGAUAAGCGGAAGGCGAAGGAAGAAGGCAGAACGUUCGUGGUCAGCACUCGAACCGAACGUGAAGCUGUGCUGCGUGCCAUCUGCGAGAGUCUUCCGUCCAAGCAGAUCGCCUAUCAGCUCAUCGAAGUCUACGAGUCUCGCGCUCGUUAUCUCUGUGGGCACGUCGUCCACGUUCCGUGCCUCAAACGAGAGGUCGAGGCUUUCUAUGCGCUCGAAACAGCGGAGAAGCGCGCUCGCGUCGUCAACCACAUCGAUUGCUCAUGGCUCAGUCUGUUCCUCAUGGUUCUGGCCCUCGGCGUCCGCUUCUAUCCUUGCCAGCCUAAGGCCGGUUGGCUGCCGGCCAACCACUUGUUCGACGGAAAGACCAUCCACGCUUGGCACUCGGCUGCCAAGACGUGUCUUGUGCUCGCCAACUACCUCAACUCGAACAGCAUGAGCGUUCUGCAGUCCAUCUCGCUCCUCUAUCUCUUCCACUCGGUCUCUGCUGCGAGCUGCGGUGGUGAGGCCGACUCCGGCACCACCCACACUGCCCUCUUGCGCACUGCUAUCACCAACGCACAGGACAUGGGUCUGCACCGACUCGGCGAUCUCGACAAGCAGCCUCGAGCCAACGAACCCUCUGCCAAGGUGAUUCGACGACAGAUCGGGAUGCGGAUCUGGUGGCAUCUCGUCUUCCUCGACUGGAGCGCAGCUGGCACUGGUUGCGCCAAGGACUACUUCAUUCGCAGCGACUCUUUCAACACACCGCUUCCUGGCAACUACAACGACGACGAUCUCAUGCGGAUGCCUCUUCCCGCACCGCGACCACGCGAGGAGUUCACCGAGAUGUCAUACGUCCUCUCCAACCUCGAGUUCGGCAUGGCAGUCAAGCAGGACGUCGAUGUUCGUCAGCGACGAGAGCUGCAAGCCGCCACGAGCGGUGGGGACCGUCGUCUGACGUGCGUCGAGGCGCAGAGACUCGAUGCCUUAUACCGCGGAGUGCUCGAGAACACGCCCAGCUUCUUCAAGGUUGGGUCCGAGAUCGGGCAGGUGACGUGUAUCGAGGUGCAGCGCUGGCUGCUUCAGCAGGCCGUGUUCAGCAAGCUGCUUCGCAUCCACCGCCCCAAUCUUUCGAGCCGCAAAGAGUCUCGCACCAAUUGUGUCCUCCUUGCGCGCAGCAUUCUCGACAUGCAGAAAAAGAUCCGAUCGAGGUGCACUGUCAUUGACCGUCUCUGGCAGAACUUGAUGCAGAGCUUCUCUGCCGCCAUUGUGCUUGCACUGCACUUGCUGCACACUCGACCCUCUGCUGAUCACCGAGUCUCGGUGCGUUCCGAGAUCACCGAGGCCAUCCGGGCCCUCAAGCAGGUCGACGGCACCGACUGCGCGGCCAAGAAGUGUAUCCGCGUCAUCGAGGCGCUCCUCGACGAGGAGGAAGAGCGAUGGCAGGCUGGCAAUGCGGCACUCGCACGAAACGACAACGUUCCAAUGGAAGCCGUCAAGCUAAAGCGGAAGCGUCAGAUGGACGUGGACGGUGCGGAAGAUGAGGUUGCCGCGUCUGGAGGCAAGCGGAAGAACCUGCUCAGCCUUGCUCAGAGGGUCGCGCAGGCCACGCGCGAGGAUGCAUCCGCUCGCCAGAACCGAUCCGCGCCGGCUGACGACCCGUCCAAGCGUCAAGCGACCUUGGCUGCAGUAAGAUCAGCCUCUGGCACCGAGAACAGCGGAGCUCUCGAGGUCAACGGUGUGGCCGCGCUCAAGGACGAUGCAUCGCUGUACCGCAUGAACAACACGACUCUGCCGACGUCAGGGCCAAGCCCUCUCAACAUGACGGCGGCCAGCAGCAACCAAGAUGACGUGACGUUCCCGCAGAUGUUGCAGACCAUGCCUUUCCCGAGCAACCUGUUCAACUUUAACGACGUGAAUGCAUCUCAGCGCAUGGUCCCGCCCAACGGCGUCGACUUGAUGCUCAACAACCCCAUCACUCCUCCUGAUGGCCAAUCCUUCGACCUGGCGGCAUUCCUGGAGCAGGUCAGCAACUCGCCUGGCAGCUCCACCGACUUCAGCCUGUCGUCGGGCCACGAGGAUCGUUCCGCUUCGACGUCAUCAGAUGUCUCGGGCAUGGACGACCGAGGGUCUGCUUCGGCCCUCAGCAACGGCGACGGGACAGACAACACGAGCGUUUCGAGCUUCGGCGAGCCUCUGUUGACCAAGGAAGCCAUCCGCCGACAGCAGCAGCACUUGCAGGCCAACACGAACAGCAACUUGCUUGGCUCGAACAUGGCCCCUGCAGGUCAGACUGGCGGCUUCGGACUCGGUCCGCAGGCCAUUUCACCCGUCAGCGCCACCGCUCGUCCGGACCCGUCCACCGACAUGGACUCGUUCUGGAACUGGAUUAUCACGCAAGGCGCCAACGGCAUCACUGCUCCGACGACGAUGCCGACGACGCAGGCUGCACCUGUGCUCAUGCAGCAGCCCGCUCUUGCAGCGCCACCGUCGCAGAAGCAGCCAGUGCAGUAUGGUAUGCCAUCCACAUUGCCGCCCACUCCGCAGUCGGCGCACAGCGGCCUCACGCCCUACCUCGCCCCCAACACCGGCUACUUCAACAGCAACGAAGGCUACCCUACACCCAGCUCGCUUGCGUCGGGAACGAAGUUCGGCACGCCCGCGUCGCAACCAGCCGUCAGCGCCACACCCGAAGCGCAGAGAGCAGCACCUACCGCCGGCGUCGUCGGCACGCCGAGCGCAGGCUUCAGCUUGGACUCGUUCCUUGGCGCUCCGCUGUACGAUUUCAGCGACUACGCAAAUGCUUGGACGGCGAGCAACCCGGGCAGCGUGCCUAUGGGCGCCGGACCGGGACCUGUGUCCGACCCUUGA